AUGACAACCUCAAAGGCACAAGAAACCAAGAAGGCUUCCUGCUGGACCAAGGUUCUUUUCAUUCUCACACUGCUUUCUGCUCUCUUUGUGGGUUUGGACCAAAUCAAACAUCAAUGGUAUAUCUUUGAUCCAGUCGUACUUCAACAAAUAGCUCAGGCCAAUAUUGAAAAGUACGCCGGUAAGAAUGACACAAAGGGUAUGAUGGAAAACAUUGCCCUUGAUUUAGAAGCCAAGUAUCCUGGACAUAUCAACUUGAAGGAAGAGUGGGUAUUUAACAACGCAGGCGGUGCCAUGGGCUCCAUGUGGGUCUUGCACGGCUCUAUUACCGAAUAUGUGAUUAUCUUUGGUACUCCCGUAGGUACUGAAGGACACACUGGUCGUUUCUUUGCCGAUGAUUACUUUAUCAUUCUCGAAGGUGAACAAUGGGCUUAUUCUGCAGGACAAGUGAGUCGUGAAGUGUACAAGCCAGGAGAAAUGCAUCUUUUAGCCAGAGGUAACUGUCAACAAUACAAGAUUCCUGAACAUGCCUGGGCUCUUGAAUAUGCUCGUGGAUGGAUUCCUACUAUGCUUCCAUUUGGAUUUGCAGACACUUUCUUCUCCACCAUUGAUUUCCCCACUCUCGUCAAAACGGUCGGUAUCUACACUAGAUUGAUUGUCUCCGAGUUGCUCCAAGGAAAGAUUUAA